UGUGUGAGCUGUGUCAGCAACAAUGGCUUCAGUUCAGUAUCUGAGAGAGUUUAUCAACGAGCGACUAACUGCUGCUGCUGAACAAAUAUUCUUGGAGUUUGAAAAAACGAUCGUCCAGUACGAGGAAGAGAUCGACCGUCAGCGCAGACUGCUGGAUAUCACCUGGAAACCCGAAAUCAAGCUGCACAGGGAGGCCCUGCAGCAGACACGCCGCAGAGGUCCCGCCUCUCUGAGGCCUGGAGCGCCUCCACCUCUCCCCAAAUACGCAGGAGGAGGCGGUGAAAGCGAGGUCCGAGCUGCCCUGCUGCCCCCGCCACUCGACUUCAGACGAGCAGAACACGAGCUGAUCGACACGCUCUCAGACCUCGGACAGCAGCACAUCUGUAAGGAGGAGGAGGAGGAGGUUCUCCCUGAGCAGCAGCUCUGGAACCAGGAGAGGAGCUCCAGUGUGGAGGAACCAGAAGCUCCACAGAUUAAAGAGGAAGAGGAGGAACUGUGCAGCAGUCAGGAGGGAGAGCAGCUGGGACUGAAGGAGGAGACUGAUACCUUUAUGGUGACUGCUGCUGAGGAAGGAGAGCACAGUGAACCAGGAGGAGAUGAGGAGCAGCUCCUCUGUGAUGACUCUCCUCAAAGUGAAAGCACGGAUGAAGAAUCCAGCAAGUGUGAAGAGUCAGGGUUAAGGGAAACUGAGGAGCCGGUUCCAAAGAGACAAAAGAGAGACAGACGUCCUGGUGUUGUAGAGAGCGCGCCCGUCUCAGAGAGUCCAUGUGAUGCUGCCACAGGUCGAAAGUCUGAUGUUUCUAAGAAUCAAUCCCGGGGGAAAAAACACCAGACCAAUGUGAAUUCACUUGUUUGCAAAAUAUGUGGGGGAAAAUUUAGUCGAACCUAUUUGGCUGUCCACAUGAGAAUUCACACAGGUGAGAAACCAUAUUCUUGUCAUACAUGUGGGAAACGUUUUAAUCAAAGCAGUACUUUGCGUAGCCAUGUGAGAACCCACACGGGUGAGAGACCUUAUUCCUGUGAUACAUGCGGGAAAAGUUUCGGUCAGAGUGCUGCAUUGUAUAUCCAUCAGGCAGUUCACUCAGAAAGACUGUUUUCCUGUGAUAUAUGCGGAAAAAGUUUCAGUCAUAAAAACUAUUUGCCCAUCCACAUGACCACUCACACCGAUGAGAAGCCGUAUGUUUGUGAAAUAUGUGGGAAAACAUUUGGUAACAGCUCUGUUUUUUACAGUCACAGGAAAAUACACCAAAGUAGGGAAUCGGUUUCUUGUGAAAUAUGCGGGAAAACAUACUCAGAAAAACGUGCUGUUAGACGCCACAUGCGAACUCACACAGGUGAGAAACCGCAUUCCUGUGAAAUAUGUGGGGCAAGAUUCUCUCAAUUGAACAAUUUGAAAAAGCACAAGGAAAAGCACACGGGCGAAGGGCCGUAUUGCUGUGACAAAUGUGGGACGAGGUUCAAUCGGGGCAAUCACCUUUUCCUCCACAAGGAAACGAAAAUAUGUGAGAAGCCGAGUUCCUCUGAAACAGGAGAAGAGUUUCAAAGAAAUCCUUCAUCCACAUGAGAACUCGCACAGGUGGCAAGUAGAAAUACCCGUGAACGAAGCUUGAGGAACAAACGUGUCAUUUUUAUGAGAUUGGAGAAAAAAACAUAAAUAUGAGCACCAAACUUUUUUAUUGUGUGAUUCUGGUUUUAUAAUUUUUUUAAAUUGAAAGUGAGCUCGUGAGGAUGGGCAGGGGAAGCUGCUCUUCUUUCCCAGGUUGACAAAUCGCAUUGUUGUUAUUUUGUCAUUUUCUUUUGUUCAAAUGUGUGAACUUGAUUGAAAAAUAUGUAGGCGUAGUGUUUGUUUGAUGUUGUAUUCCUGUUUGUGGUUUUAUUGACGCGCUGAAGCUGAAAAGCAGUUUUCGCUUCUGCGUUUGUAUUGUGUGAUUUCAUCAGCCGUCAGAGGUGAUCAAACUGCCCCAGUGUAACCUGAUGAACGU